GGGGUUCGCGCUUCGUUCACUUCGACUUCCACCGCGCCAAAGCAUCUCCUUCUCUCUUUCUCACCCGUCAGGACGACGCUUGCCUCAAAGUCGCCUCCGGGACUCCCCUUCAAACCCGCUCCGCGAACAGACCGAACUUGCACGGUUGCCAAGCGACCCGGUAAUUGGUUCUUCCCAAGAGCUGUCCUCCUUGUCCUCGACUAGGGAGCCUCUGCUUCAAUCACGACUUUCGACGGUCGUGGUCUGAUUGACAUUUCUUCAAUCCCAAUUCCUCAGUCACAGCCACAAAGAUGGCUUCCAAGUUCACGAGAGAAUACAAGUUGGUGGUGGUCGGUGGUGGUGGCGUCGGCAAGUCAUGCCUGACAAUCCAAUUGAUUCAAUCGCACUUCGUCGACGAGUAUGACCCGACCAUUGAGGACUCGUACCGGAAGCAGUGCAUCGUCGAUGAUGAGGUGGCGCUGCUCGACGUGCUCGACACCGCCGGCCAGGAGGAGUACUCGGCGAUGCGGGAGCAGUACAUGCGCACCGGCGAGGGCUUCCUCCUCGUGUAUUCCAUCACGUCGCGCGAGAGCUUUGAAGAGAUAAGGACCUUUCAACAGCAGAUCCUGCGCGUGAAGGACAAGGACGUGUUCCCCAUGGUGGUUGUCGGCAACAAGCUCGAUUUAGCGCACGAGCGUAAGGUUGCAGUCGAAGAGGGCAAGAUGCUGGCGGACGAGUUCAAGUGCAAGUUCCUCGAGACGUCGGCCAAGACCAACACAAAUGUGGAGCAGGCCUUCUAUGAGGUGGUCCGCGCGAUCAGGAGAUACAACCGCGAGAUGCAGGGUGGUGGACCGACCACGGGAGGUGGCCUCUCGGGCAACGCCGCCGGCAUGAGUAAGAUGGACAUGGCCGAGGACGACGCCCAAGCCGGUUGCUGCUCCAAAUGCGUCCUCAUGUGAAGGGCCAAUGCCCGGCAGGAGCACUGCUCCGGCUCAAUAAUGCAUCAUCAAGAGGGGAGUUGGGAAUAGAGGAAUGCUGUGUGUAUAUGGUGGGAUUAGGGACUCGUGCGGCGCCGGGAAA